UGGCCUCUGUCAACCGAUUCAUGUAAUCGGGGGAGAUCAAGUUCACUUUUGCAAUGAACCGUUUUGUGUUAAGCGAGCAGUAAUUUAAAAAUCACCGGCAAUACACGUAUCAAUCGUGGUGACCAUCAGUUUCAGGUACGCGACGAACCAUGUCGGAUAUAAAUUGAUUUCUUGACGUUUUUGAUUUCUUGACGUUCCGUUAGUGCUGUGAUGGUUGUUUUGUGAUUGUGGUAUCAGCGCAUUUUUGGAAUUGUGGAUAAUGGUACUAACAAUACGAUGUGCUUCCUAAGUCACCUGCCGACGUCAUGGCGGAGCAAACAAUGCGGGCAAAUCAACUCCUGAACCCCUCACCUAUCUCAAACCGAUAAAUUUCGAGUACCAAUUGAGAAAAAAUAUAGUAGAACGAUAAACAAUACGGCAGUGUCGAGCGCGAAUCUGCGACAAUCGCGUCGAUAACGAUAAACAAAUAAAUAGAAAAAAAAAACCCGAGAAUAAACAAAGGUCUCCACACGUUCUUGGCUCCGGUCCAGACACGUAUCCUGUGGGAGAGAUAUCGGUGGUCAGCGAUCGCUUCAAGCCGAUAUAUGCGCGUGUGUUUCGGUACGUUGUGCUUCUCGUCCCGGCUGAAUAAUUCUGCCGCAGACGAGGAAGCUCCCCAGGUGCAGGGCACAGUCCCGCACGCCCUCAUCGUUACCGCGGACAACCACGUGUCGAAGAUGGACCAUCUGGAGGAGUUGCAGGCUCUGAUAGCCCAGAAGGAUGAGGAGAUCGAGAGGUUGACGCGGCAGCUGCAGGAAAUCGACCGCGAAGUACUCCGCGAUGCGAAAGUGCGCGAACUGCAGAGUGCGUUGGAACAGCGCGACACCGAAAUAUUGAAUUUGCGAUCGCAGCUCGACAAGUUCCAGAGCGUGUUCAAGAUGCACAACCCGACCAGCCCGAAAUCGGUCGCGUUGAACAAUCGGCUCAGGCCGAGGAAGCAGCGCGCGGGUAUUUCGGCCGAGCCGCAGAGCGAGACGUCCAUCAUGGAAUUGAGCAAGCAAACGUUCGAGACGCAUCCCAAAGACGAAAGGAUUUCAACAAGCAGAUGCCGAAAGAUUCAUCCAAGAAAAGGUUCAAGGUAA